GACUGCAUCCUUUCCAGUGUCCGCAGUGGGAGAAACAUCUUGUUUGCACUCAGGGUAGAUGCUGAUGAGAAUACUGCACAAGGGUAACUGUGACAGCUCGCGUCCUUUGCCUUGUCAGUCUGAAUGCUCACAUUCACUGGAAGGACGACCCACGAUGCGGGCAAGCCUUUCUUGGGGACUUGUUCUCGCGCUGACGCUACCGCGCACAUGCACUUGGAAACUCAGAUGUCAUGUUUGCUGGUAACAUUUCGUAGGGCCUCGGAGCUAACGAGAGCAAAAUUUGCUCAUAUCUCCCCGGCCCGUUCGCGAGAAAGCCUACAGGGUGCUCAGUACCUUGGUCCACAAUUGUUUAAAGGCCGGACGCUACAUUUACUCCUUUUGAACACGCCAUCAGUGCAGUGACAUCGCGGUAAGCCCU